AUGGUUGCAUCCGUUGUGACGUACAGCUUCUGGGACAUACCCAGUGCCUGGUGGCAGGCCAGCACUGUGACGAUAGGGGUUGGAGUGGCUCUGGCGGUGAUCACAACGCUGACUCUCCUCGCAGCAGCUUCUUCGUUCCUGCCGCAUAUCCUGAGGAUGACAAGGCCGACGCGAGCUUUGGGAUCCUUGCAGCUUCUAGCGGCCGUGAUGAUGUGCGGUGGGAUCGUAAUGUAUCCAGUCGGGUGGGACAACCGGGAGGUCAGAGAAUCGUGCGGCAAUGGUGCCAACGUCUAUAACUUAGACGUGAAAAUAUAUUUCCCCCGUUGCACGUAG